UUCCCCUUAUGUGGAGGAAUCAUUGGAUACAUCAUCAAAUUACCAAAUAUUAAUUUUUGAUACUGCCGACUUCAGAAUAUCCAAAUCGGACCUAAAUUUGGAGAUGACCGCAUCCAAGCCCGGCCGUUUUGAUCCGACCGAAACCUUCCUUCUUGUGAUCGGUUUGAGCCCGAGCAUCCGUUUUUCCUCUUCUUCCCAGUUUUAAACCCUCCUUUGGCCGCCCCUUGAAACCUGCAGCGUCCAAAAGAGGGAAAAAGAGGAUGGAGGAAAGAAUCUCCGACGAGUUUAAAUCCUUCUUGGAUUCCGGCAUCUACCGCCUGGAUGGAUCGAAGGUGGUCUUCGUAGAUCCCGUUCGCCUCCUCAAUGAUUCCUACUCCCGCUUUAGGAUUUCUCCCUCCUCCUACUACUCCCGUUCCUUCCAAUCCACGGACCGAAGAAGAGUAGUAGAAGAAGUUAAUGUCCCCUCGAUUUCGAAGAAGAAGAGGAAGCGAAAGAAGACGCCUCGCGAUCUAAACGAGAGAGAAAAGUCCGCGGAGAAGCGCCAUCAACAGGAAGCGAGAUCUUUGUUACUCAAAGCACACAGAGCUUUUCUUGAAGCUGCGGAGCUUCAAACGUUUCUUCCGAAAUUAGUCAAGUGCGUGGAAUUUUCGCGUGGUGGUGAAACUGAAGAAAAGAAUUUUAUUGAGCUUGGAAGCUGUUGGCAAGCGCCACUUUAUGAGAUUGGUCUUUGUUUUCCCAAGUCAAAUGAAGGAGAAGAUUCAUGGCUUGCCAACCAUGUUGGGAGGACAGUGGUUCCAUUAUUUAAUAACUUAAUCAGCCAUGAAACAAAUGAUGAGGUAGAGGCUGAAUUCAACAAUAGCCAGUACAUAUUACCUGGCAGAAGCUGCUUCUACAUGUCUGACUUGAGACAAAUUCGCAACCUAAUCCCGGCUAAGUCUGAUCAGGGCUUUAACCUUAUUGUCAUUGAUCCUCCAUGGGAAAACGGAAGUGCUCGCCAGAAAGCAGCGUAUCCUACAUUACCCAACAGAUACUUUCUCUACCUUCCUGUUAAAGAACUUGCUCACGCUGAAGGUGCCCUUGUGGCUUUAUGGAUGACUAACCGAGAGAAGCUGCAUAUGUUUGUUGAGAAAGAUCUGUUUCCUGCUUGGGGAGUUACCAAUGUCACACUCUGUUACUGGCUGAAGGUGAAACCAGAUGGGUCCUUGAUUGGUGAAUUGGACUUAUUUCAUCAUAGACCAUAUGAAUACCUUCUGCUCGGCUACAUUAAUAUGGAGAAUAUUGAUUCAGAAUGCAUGCCAGCAGUUAAUUUGGAAGAUGCUCGUGUUAUUAUCAGCAUUCCAGGUGUCCACUCGAGGAAGCCCGCUUUAGGAAAAUUACUAUGGGAUCAUAUACCAGGCAACAAACCUGUGAAAUGUAUUGAGCUUUUUGCUAGAGAAUUGAUGGCUGGUUGGACUUCUUGGGGCAAUGAACCACUUCACUUUCAAGAUUCGAGAUACUUUGUAGAGAAAGACAAGAAAGAUGGUCUGAGGUGAUGGGAUUUGUUGCCUUUUUUCAUGUGGAUAACUGAUCUAAGAUAUAGGAAAGAACUAUUUUUUAUUCUUUACAUUAUUUGGAGGCUUCCCCAGAUCACCCGAUGAGGAUCUGAAGAACGUAGUCUGUUGCUGUAUGAGAACAUGAAAAUUUUCUGGAGAUGAAUUGUCACAAUAAUCAAUGGCUCAUGGCUUUUUCCAUCUACUCUUGAGAAGGCUUCAUGGAGGAAGAAGAUAGUUAUAACCAGCUUCCAAGCUUAUCUCAGUUCCUACCUGGACCGCCCUGAAUAAGCAACUCCAGGCAAGAGGGGAUGCAAUGAAACCUAAAUUGCUGGUUGGUGGAACAGAGAAAAUGAUGAGGUCUAAUGCGUGAUCGGCUAACGUUCUUCAACAUAAUGAUCCUAUAUCUAGCAAAGGAAAUUCUGAAAUAGAA